AUGGAUGCUUCUUGUAGGCUUGCCCAAUUUGUGAUCAACAAAAGCUCAAAUCAAUCAAGAUCAAAAAAUGCUGCCGACCUCGACUGUCAUCAUUUCGUUCGCAGGUGUGCUGUCCUACGUCGCUGCUCCGGAAAGGAACAUUAUAAAUGGACUUCUCACAAUCACUCCAGUUUCUGCAACAUUAAGCAAGACCUCCGUGAAACUUUGACCAUGAUCGAUAGCCUAACAGCUGCACAGAAGCUCUGCUCUAUUUGCUGGUUAACAAAGCUUAUUCAAAUGUCUGGAGCAAAAACUCGGGACUGUACGAAAUCGAGAAUUCUGGGUCAAAAACCUCGGGCAAUAUUUAUGCACGUCGAGAGGCUGUGA